UGUAGGUUUGAGCGCGACCCAAAGUGGCGCUACAGUAGCUACGUUCUUUUUACACGCUCGACAUUAGAAAGUGGCAUGUUCCUUGAGGAACCGUAUUUUAUAUCCUAAAAUAUUAGAGGAAAUCCGUUUGAUCCUUUGCUAGAAAAAUGGUUCAAAAGAAGCCAAAGAAGAAGGUAGGGAAGAAAGUAGCUGCUGCACCUCUAGCAGUGAAAAAAGUUGAAACGAAGAAAGUAACUAAUCCUCUUUUCGAAAAACGUUCCCGAAAUUUUGGUAUCGGUCAGGAUAUUCAACCUGCUCGUGAUCUCAGUCGUUUUGUAAAAUGGCCCAAAUACAUACGCAUACAGAGGCAAAGGGCUGUCCUUCAAAAGAGAUUGAAAGUACCACCUCCGAUCAAUCAGUUCAGUCAAACUUUAGACAAACAAACAGCAACGCAGUUGUUCAAGAUAUUGGAGAAGUAUCGGCCAGAGUCGGCGGCCAUGAAAAAAAUGAGACUAAAAGCUAGAGCGGAGCAGAAGGUUGCAAAAAAAGAAGACGUGCCCACCAAGAGGCCCAAUGUAUUACGCAGUGGAACCAAUACCGUGACUACCCUUGUGGAACAAAAGAAAGCCCAAUUGGUUGUUAUUGCGCACGAUGUAGAUCCAAUUGAGAUUGUACUUUUUCUACCCGCAUUGUGCCGUAAAAUGGGUGUUCCAUAUUGUAUCGUAAAGGGCAAGGCAAGAUUGGGACGUUUAGUUAGACGUAAAACCUGCACUGUCGUAGCUAUUACGCAGGUCGAUUCUGGUGAUAGAGCAAAUUUCUCCAAAAUAGUAGAAGCCAUCAAAACGAACUUCAAUGAUCGACAGGACGAGAUUAGGCGUCACUGGGGAGGUGGCUUGUUAGGUAGCAAAUCUGCUGCUCGAAUAGCAAAACUGGAGAAAGCCAAGGCUAAAGAGCUUGCUCAGAAGCAAGGUUAAUAUAUUUUUAAUGCACAUCCUCCUGUAUUAUAACAUCGUAUACAGACUAAAACAAGAAAUAAAUAUUCAAAAUGAUU